AAACUCUAAAGUUUCAAGUUGCCAAAAAGAUUUUGGAAGCUGUUUUUCAAGUAUGCAGACCAUAAAACAUAAUUAUUGCACUCAAAAACUCCUACCCAUUUUCAUCUAUCUAAAUCAUUUGUUCCCAACAAUUAGGUUUAGAUUGCUCACAAAAACUUCAUGUGACAUUAGAGCAGUUAGCCAUCAUCUUAAGUUGUUUUAAGUACUCACAUAAUAACAUAAUUAUGGUUAAAAAGUUCCCCCCAAAAUUUUCAUCCUUUUUAUGUCUAUUUAUUUUAUCUGUUCUCAACAAUUAUAUUUAGGUUGCCUACAAAAACCUCAUGAGACAUCAAAUAAAAUCAGCUAUUAUUAUGUUAUUAUUUAUUGCUGACAAAUUUUGUAACAGAGAACAUGUUUGUACCACACCAAAACUCUGAAAAUAUGUUUAUUUCAAUUAAACCAACAAAUUUAAACAAGCUCUUACGUACCAAAGAUCAUUUUAUAUCAUGUUAACUUGAAAGACAUCUGGGCUAGUUUCUACUACAUUUAGAAAGAAUUUAUAUAGGUGCUUACUUCAAGCCAAUUAAAUAGAGCUCCUUUAGAAAUUAUAUCAUCCAGAGACAGCAAAAUACACAGAGAGACUUAUAUAUAUAAACAUACAGAUAAACACAAACAGAGAUCUUCAAAAUUUUAGCCAUGUCUCAGGUACGAAACUCAAAAGCACAGUUGGAUCCAAACUGUUCCUCUGGCAGAUAAACCUGUUCAGAUGGCCAAAGAUCUUUACUAAAGAUUCCAUUCUUUUUACUGUUAGGAUCAUUUUUAGAGCUGUUUUUGAAGUCAUUUUGUCUUUUAGAAGCUUCUGCAUAUUAAUCAAAGGAUGCAUUCUUUUGUGAGAGGUUUUGAAUUAUCUCUUAAGGGUGACCCUUAAAGCAGACUUAUCUGAAAUAGAGGUUCCUCAGUAUGGCUAUUUUAAAGUGAAGUCUCCUUUAGCAUGUUUAACUAACAUUGCCUGAAGAGUGGAUUUACAUGCUCUUACAAUAUCAGGCAGGGGAAACAUUCCCCACUGAGACACAAUGUUUAGCCCCACAAGAGAAUCCAUAAAAAUACAAUCAGGCAAAAGAGACACAAUCAUUUCACAUAAAGUCCAUUUAAAUAUACCAAUUUUAAAAAGUUUUAUCUUCAUUUUAUCAACUUUUAUACCUCUAAUCAUAGCUUCCAUUAAGAGUCCAUUAACAAGUCUUGGUCUUACAAUACUAUGUAAGGGAGGCAUUCCUAGCUGGACAUAACAUCCAUUCCCAAAAAACACUUAGGCGAAGUUGACAUAACCUCUUUGUAUAUUAUUAGCUCAAACAUUUUAAUCUUUAUAAUCUUAUCAACCUUAGUGGCCUGUUGCCCCAAAUGAUUGUUGGUCAGAUUUCUCAUUGUGAUUUCUGCCUUUUGGCUUUUAUUUUUUUCCUUUUCAUAGGUUCAUAAUUGAAAACAUUCCAAUUUUACAAUAUACAACCUAGAGGGCUGUCACUGGGAACCGAACCUGAGUUUCCCAUUAUGGAACCACACACACACACAUGCACACACACGUAUCAAAACAAAUGGGACCAAAGUUCCUCUGUGAGUGAAAAACCUCUAGUCCUUUCAAUAAAUUGGCGCUCCCAACCCCUAAAGAACUCCAGUAACAUGGAACAAAAUCCCUGAAACAGAGGCAAACAAAUGAAAGGAAAAAUAAGAUUUCAAUUAGUUAAUGGGGAAACUCAACAAAAGGACAUUCAUUGCAAACCAAAACAAACGGAGCGCAGACGGCUGCCAGGUGUAACAGAGCUCUUAUCACCCAUGACUUCUGGCUGGUCCUAUUGGAAAAGGCUAGCACAAAGACAAAAACAAAAACUGACAGCUACUUACAAGAGACGUUUUCACAAGUCCCGAACCUCGUUUCUUCCACUACCAAAAGCAGAAGCGCCGUGGGUCAACAACGUCUCAUCAGCAGCCAGUUGCUUGGGGUUGUCCCUGACACAAGGGGCUCUGGCAGCUGCAGCACAGCUUCCAUGAGAGGUUGUCCACCAGAGGCCCGUGUGCCACAGGCGAGACAUCCACUUGGGACUAGGUCCCAUCUGGGUCACCAAAUUUGAUAUCAAACCUGAAGUGAGUUCGCUCACCCGUCCUGCAAUCUCUGCCACUGGGCUAGUGGAAGAUAGUAGGAAUUUUAUUGCAAAGCGCUGAGCAAGGAGAACAGGCAGCUGAUGCAUAAUCCCAAACUCCCAGAAAAGCUGCAAGCAAGGGUUUUUAUUUGGGGUUUUAGGUAGGGGAAGGGGAACAUGUGGCCUUGGGGCUGAAGUUCUAAGAGUCCUCCGCACAGGCUCACUGUCUGUUCUAUGUGGGGCACGCAGUGGAUUUUUAGCCUUCUUUGUCUGAAGUUUACAGUCAGUCAUUUCAGCUUCUCAGCGCUCCUGCAGGAUGCCUAGUCAGGCACGGGCUGUCAGCAAGUUCCUCUCUUAUCAGGGGUCCUGCUGUUCUGCAAGGCGAGCUCAGAAACUCUGGUUAUUUUAUUUCCCACGUUAACCUUGUGGGUACGAGGCACAGUUUCACCCUAAUCCAGCGAAACUUUAACUGCUUCAGCCUCGGUUUUCUGUCCUCAGUGCUCGUGUUGGAGACGGGUUUACACAGGAUCUUGAAUAACCUUAUCUGGGCCCGACUCCGUUUUUACCCAGACGGCCUGGUCUCCACCCCAACACGAAACUGCUUCGGGAAAGAUGCUGCUUUCCCAGGGGAGUCACUUGCGCCGGGGAACCGGUGGGUCCACCAAGGUUAUGGCUGCAUCUCACCUCUACUCUUAAGAGGAAUUCUAGAGUAAUAGGAAGCAAAAGUAUGCCGGCGGAGCUAUGCACUGGCUGCGCUGGCCGACAGCUCCAGAAAGUGGGCGAGCCGGGCACAGAGGCAGAGGGCCCGCGGCCUCAGGCCCACGGCGCCGGCGGGAGGCGAGCGGCGCGAGGCCCCAACGCUGGACACGCUGCGAGCAGGGCCGCAGCGGAACGCGCUUCCCGCGCACUCGCGCUUGCGAGGGGGAGGGUGGAAGUAGCGGACCGGGGAGGGCGGAAGUGGAGGACCGGCGAGGGCUCCGUUUCCGGCUCGGGGUCGCAGGCGCCACCUCCGUGCUAUGGCGGCGCUUGGCCGCCAGGUCUUUGGCUGGCACCGCCUGAUGCCCCUCAUUUGGGCCCAUGUUGUUAGGCAGCCGCCUCAUCUUGGAGAGCAGAAAAGGACAACUGCUUCUUUGUUGCGUAAACUGACCACAGCCUCCAGUCGAGGGGGCCUUGAGGACUUAUCCUGUAGUGAACCCAAAAAGUACGUGCAGGAACCAGAGUGCAGGACACCUCUUACUCAGUGCCUCCUUGAGAAUCAGAGGACUCCUGUGGAUCGAGGGUGUUCGGAGCGAGAGAAGGUCAUCAGUUCCCUCCUGGACAUGGGUUUCAGUGAUGUCCACGUUAAUGAAUUGCUCAGUAUACGACCAGGCACCCACCCUCAACAGUUGCUGGACAUCAUUUCAGAAUUAAUACUCUUGGGUUUGAAUCCAGAGCCUGUGUAUGUGGCCUUGAAGAAAAAUCCUCAGUUAUUGCAACUGCCUAUAAUGCACAUGAAGAAGCGCUCCAGCUACCUGCGAAAGCUUGCGCUUGGAGAAGGGAAACUAAAGAGAGUCCUUCACUGUUGCCCUGAAAUUUUCACCAUGCGUCAGCGGGACAUUGACAGUGUUGUCAGGGUUCUCAAGGAGAAGUGCCUUUUCACGGUACAGCAGGUAACGGAGAUUUUGCACAGAUGCCCCUAUGUUCUUCGGGAGGACCCUGGUGCACUGGAGUACAAAUUCCAGUAUGCCUAUUUUAGGAUGGGGGUUAAACAUGUGGACGUGGUGAGGACCGACUUCCUGCAGUACCCCAUAACCAAGACCAAGCAGAGACACACGUUCCUCGAGCGCCUAGGACGGUACCAGACCCCUGAUAAGAAGGGGCAGACGCAGGUCCCCAACCCUUUACUCAAGGACAUUCUCAGAGUUUCAGAAGCUGAGUUUCUGGCCAGGACAGCCUGUUCUUCUGCUGAGGAGUUUGAAGUUUUUAAGAAGCUCUUGGCUCGGGAGGAGGAAGAGGAGUCUGAGAGCCGCAUGCCUGAUGGAGAAAGCACAAGUGUGGACGAGGAGGAGGAGGAGGAGGAGGAGGAGGAGUUGUGAUAGAAGGACUGGAGUGAAAAGAGCCCAGCAAUAUCAAAGAGUGUUUUAAAUUUCUUGAAGCUUUUCGGAACUUCACUUGGGUCUUCUCAGGUUUUCAUUCUAGAACUGAUGUUUCGAUGAAAAAAUUAUUAUAAAUCACCUGAGAAGUAGACAGGUCAAACUGAAUUGGAGAUGCCUUAGUUUGGUCUGUUGGGUCUCUGUGGGGAGGGCCCUGUCAAACCUAAUAAAGGACUGACUUGGAGCUGUUAAAA